UCGACCGAAGACAAACAGAAGAAGUUGCCUUCGGGGGAGGACGCCACAGCAACUUGCCAAGAUGUUAGGACGCCGCCGAGGUCCAGCGGUGACGGUCAAGUCAUAGACGAGCCUCCCCUACAGAUGUUUAUUUAAACCACGCGAUUCCCGAGCUUUUAUAAGUCGUCAAACUGGAGCGUGUGCUUGAGAAAGGAAACGAGUGUGUCCCCGAUUCACUGACAGUCCCGGUGGUCUGCGGAGGAGGAAAAAAAAAAAAAGCAUGAAGUUUGUUCAGUUUUUGCUGAAAAACAGCUCCGUGGCUGGGAUACCGAAACAAGUGGAGAGGUUUUCCAAGUUCUCCCCUUCUCCGCUGUCCAUGAAGCAAUUCAUUGACUUCGGUUCGGCCAAUGCAUGUGAGAAGACCUCCUUCGUGUUCCUGCGUCAGGAGCUCCCUGUCAGACUGGCCAACAUCAUGAAAGAAAUUGAUUUCCUCCCUGACAAGCUCCUCAGCACUCCGUCCCUUAAGCUCCUGACCAGCUGGUAUUCUCAGAGUUUGCUGGAGCUUGUCGAUUUUUUAGAAAAAGAUCCGGACGACAAGGAUGUACUGACAAACUUCACACAGACGUUGGUACACAUCCGGAACCGGCACAACAACGUGGUGCCCACCAUGGCUCAGGGCGUGGUGGAGUACAAGGACGCCUUUGGCGUGGACCCCGUCACCAACCAGAACGUCCAGUACUUCCUGGACCGCUUCUACAUGAGCCGCAUCUCCAUACGCAUGCUCAUAAACCAGCACACAUUAAUCUUCAACGGCAGUGUGAACCCAGCCCAUCCCAAACAUAUCGGCAGCAUUGACCCCAGCUGUGACGUCGUGGAGGUAGUAAAAGACGCCUAUGAGACAUCCAAGAUGCUGUGUGAGCAGUAUUACUUGACCUCGCCUGAUAUGGAGAUCAAAGAAAUCAACGCCGAAAGCCCUGGCCAGCCCCUGCACAUUGUCUACGUGCCAUCCCAUCUCUACCAUAUGCUGUUCGAGCUCUUCAAGAACGCCAUGAGAGCGACUGUAGAGACCCACGAGACGAGUCCAACGCUGCCCCGAAUCAAAGUGCGGGUUUCACUGGGCGCUGAGGACCUCACUAUCAAGAUGUCUGACAGAGGAGGCGGAGUCCCCCUGAGGAAGAUUGAGCGUCUCUUCAGCUACAUGUACUCUACGGCUCCCAGCCCCGUCCACGUAGACAACUCUCGCAAUGCACCUCUGGCUGGUUUUGGUUAUGGUCUGCCCAUCUCCCGCCUGUAUGCCAAGUAUUUCCAGGGAGACCUGCAGCUCUACUCUAUGGAGGGCCACGGUACUUCAGCUGUCAUAUACCUAAAGGCCUUGUCCUCGGAGUCAGUGGAGAGACUUCCUGUUUUCAACAAGUCGGCCUUGCGGCAUUACCUGGCCAGCACAGAGGCUGAUGACUGGUGCAUGCCCAGCAAGGAUCCAAAGAAACUGGGGCAAGUAUGAGAGGACUUGGUGAGGAUAGACUGCCGGACAAAGUUUAGGACAGUAAAAAAUUGUCUGGUCAGAUGAUUGGUAAGAUUAAGAAAGCUGCGAGGAGAAGUGGAUAAACUCUGUACUGUAAGUGAAAGAAGGCACCAAAUGCUUUUAGCAUGCUGCAGGACGCAGGGGUGUGGAUUCAAGACAGAACCGUAGAAGGAGAAAAUCGCUCAAAGGUGGUGUCAAGAAUCAGAUAAGUGCUGUGACAUAACUGAACAACAGCUCACAUUAAAUUCCAUUAUAUGACGAUUACAGGCUACAAUUGUAAUGGAACAAGUCAAGCAUUAAUCUCCUUUUGUCUAAUUUAUUACACCUUUUUUUUGUUGAUAUAAUUACAUGGAUACACUGUGUGGAAAAAACAUGCUAGCUGUUUGUGUUUAAGUCCAUGUUUUUUUCAAAGUGUUUUUAUUUCAUAUUAUAUAGCCUGGCUAUUGUCCUUCAGUUAAUUUGAACUACUGGGUGAAGUUUUGUUUUUUGCAUCAGGUCAAAUGUUUGUCAUUGCCUUGAAAAAAAUACGCCCAGUCGCUCAAGUUAAACAGUAUGGCAACAGGUUCAAUGUCUCCAGGUCAAGACAAAGGGACCAAAGUCUCUUCCUGCUGUCGCCAUGCCAGUCCUUUCUAACCUGCAGAGUUGCUUUUACAAAAAACAACUUCUGCAUUUAAUUAUUAUCAACCUUAAAAUAAAGGUUAUACUAAUUUUUGUCUUCAGCUUUCAUACAAGGGGAACAUUUCAGAAACACAACAGGAGUCAUUUACAUGUGCUGUCAAGUGGUACAGACUGAAAUUAUGUACAGCACAGUGUGGUAGGUUGUUCAAUAGCAAUGCAAACUAAAUGUGAUGAUUUUUUAGCACAAUGUCAGUAAACUACCUACCUGGUGCCUUAACCUUGAACCAAUGCAAGGUCAUUUUUAAAGUUGAAUUAUUGUAAAUGUUGAGAAGAUGUAUUCAUGUGUGGACAUUUAGUCCCUUAGAGAAAAUGACAAUUGUUAAAAAAUUGUAGCAUAUUUAAAGUGGACCUUGAGCUAAUGUGUCACUGUAGGAACCCAAACAGCCAUUUUUUCUCCAAAGGAAGUCCCCAAAUUACACAGAGGCUCUCAUGUAUAUUGAAGAUAAUUUGAUAAUAUUCCUCAGUGGUCUUUUUUAAUAAUGCACAUGUUGUUUAUUUGAGUGGAUUUCUGUAUGUCAGAGUGUUCCAAUGCUUGUGUGAAAUACUAAAUGUUAGGUUGCUCUGCAGAAAAGUGUACUUAUGCUUUCUCUUGAAACUGACACAUAUGACACUGUAAGCUGCUCAGAUCAGUAUAGCACAUUAUAUGUAUUUAAUAGGUUCAAACGCUGAGUUCAGAGCAGCAGAGACGUAGGAUCAACACGGACAGGUGCACAGACGAUGCCAUAUGCAAGCUGUAUUGAAUGGAACGAUUUCACAUACCAGUCAUACUAUCAUACUCAUACCUUUGCAUAGUUUUAAGCUUCAUGAGGCCAGGUGUUGUACUGAAGUUGUGGCUUGUCACGAAAAGGACCAGUGAAUGUAGUAAAUAAAAAUCUCAUGUCACUUC